CGCGCGUUGCGUGACGGCAAAUCGCGCGGGGCUGGGUACCUUAUCAAAGCCGAACCCGCCUCCUUCUUCCGAAAUACUAAGUUACUUCCUAUUGUCACAGAGCUCUGGAUCAAACGUUUGUUUGAUUGCGGCCCCGAUUCAUCAUGGGUCGCCCAGAAGCCCUACCUACUUACGACGAUGCUACAACGGCGACAACACCACAUCCAUGGCUGCAUCGCCGUCAAAAGCGGAAGACAUUACGGGUCCUCGGGGCGGCAGCAAUGACAUAUCUCGCUUAUACGACCUUCAAAAUCGCCACCAAUACCGAGCCACCCAUCAGCAGCCUGUCCAUCGCAAAGCUGCAAGAAGACCAUGCGGUAUGCGCAAAUCUGAGACAUCAACCCGUUGAGUCAGGUGCCCACCGAGACCACAAUAAACGCUGGGUCAAAUCAACAAAACCUGUCUUGAUUUCUAACGCCACAAUCUGGACUGGAGAGCCUGCAACGGGUACUUCAGAACAAGAUGCACGAGCUGGGAAGGGAUGGGGCUGGAUUGCCUCAGAUGUGUUCACUGAUAGGGGCUUGAUCAUCAGCGUUCAACCGAGCAUAAAACUCAAAGACCUUCCCCACAACACCGAAAUUUUCGAGGCGAACGGUCGACAGCUCACAGCCGGUAUUGUGGAUAUGCACAGCCACGCUGGAUUGGAAAGCCUUGGAAACUUGCAAAGCGACGACAAUGAGCUCUCUUCUGACAUCACACCCUAUGUGCGCUCGCUUGAUGGUAUUGACCCGCUUCAGCCCGAAUUCGAGUCCAUCAAAUCUGGCGGUGUCACCACGAGCCUCUUCUUACCAGGCAGUGGGAACAACAUUGGUGGCGAAGCUUUCGUGCUCAAGUUCGCAGUUGGGCCAAAGAACGGCCGGACCGAGAUCAGCCAGCAAGAUCUAAUCGCAGACCCUGACCGAACCUGGCGGUACCUGAAGAUGGCAUGCGGAGAGAACCCAAAGCGAGCGUACGGCAAGGUUGGUGAACGCGGUCCGUUUAGCCGACUGGGAGAAGCGUGGGAGUUUCGCCACGCGCUCGAGCAAGCUCGAUCCUACGUACAAGAUCAGGACGACUGGUGCGCUAAGGCUGAUACGGUUGGUGUUGACAAGAUGGAAUCGUACCUCCGUCGAGAUCUACAGUGGGAGACACUUGGUGCUGUGCUGAGAGGUCAGGUCCGAGUGAACACGCACUGCUACACAAUUCCAGAUUUGGAGGCGUUUGUUCGACAUACAAAUGAGUUCAAGUUCCGAGUGUACGCGUUCCAUCACGCACACCAGACCUAUCUGGUACCCGAGGUCUUAAAGCGCACUUGGGGCGGAACGCCAGCAGCAGCGCUCUUCGCCGACAAUAUGUAUUACAAAGUGGAAGCCUACACUGCAUCUGAACGGGCUGGUGCGAUCCUGUAUGCGCACAACAUCACUCCGACGUACGUAUCGGAUAACCCAGUGCUCAACUCACAGCACGUAGUGUUCGAGGCAGCAAAGGCGUACGGCUACGGCCUACCAUACCAUGCAGCACUUGCAGGCGUUACUUCUGCACCCGCUGAACUUCUCGGUCUAGGUCAUAGGAUUGGAAAAGUCAAGUCCGGCUUCGACGCGGACAUCGUCGUCUGGGAUUCUGAUCCGCUGAGUGCAGGUGCUACACCAGUCCAGGUCUGGAUUGAUGGCGCGAAGCAGUUCUCGGAACCAAUCGAGCUCAAGAAGCCACUCACGCCAGCUAUUCAGCCAGACACAGACCUUGCUCAUGAGUACACCACCAGGAUAGCCAGGGGCGCGGUGGUAUUCACUGGCUUAUCGUAUUCGCAUAGCAGCUUUGUCUCAAAUGGAGCAGACGUUAGUCAGAAGCACAGCGUGGCCAUUAUUACUGAUGGGAAGCUUGCUUGCGUGGGAACCUGCACUUCCGAACUUGCAGAGCUUGAAGCGACCCGUUCCGCUACUCAGACGAUCAACCUGAAAGAUGGUUAUUUGACGCCAGGACUGGUAGCGUUUGGCUCAUCGCUUGGUCUAGCCGAGAUUGAUGCUGAGAGCGACACCCAUGACGGACCUUACGUCGAGCAAGGUACCACCUCUGCCCUAGAUGGUCUUUCUUUCGGUGGCAAGCAGCUCAUGCGAGCAUUUGAACAUGGCGUUAUCAGAGCUUUCACAGCCCCUGGAGAGGGUGGCAUCGACUCUAGAGGCGUAAGUGUCGCAUUCAACACCGGGGCUAAGAAUGCGCUGGAAGAGGGCGCUAUCCUCUACCCAGAACUGGCCCUGCACUACCCAUUGACGUUGGCCGCCAAGGGUGGGAAGACACCCAGCAUAUCCAGCGCCAUUGGCUUGUUGAGGUCGCAGCUGCUCGACGCAGCGGUUGAUGGCCACACAGAAAAGUUGAACACCACGGAGAAGGCUUGGUUGAAACGAGUAGUCACUGGAGACUCUGCACUUGUCCUCAGCGCACAUAGUGCCGACACGAUUGCAUCCAUCAUCCGCUUGAAGUCUCAGGUUGAAUCCGCCAGCUCACAGAAGAUUCGUAUUGUGAUCAUCGGUGGCGCGGAGGCACACCUUAUCGCAGACGAACUCGCAGCAUCGAACAUCGCUGUCGUCCUUGCGCCGUUACUUCCACAUGCGCAAAGCUGGGAUCAACGCCGUGGACUCACUGGCCCACCACUGACCAAUGUGUCGACCAACAUACUUCUUGAUGCUGGCGUUGAUCUGGGGAUUGGCGUUGAAGAGACUUGGGAGACUAGAGACUUAGGGCUGCUCGCCGGAAUUGCGCUCGCGAACAGUGAAGGCCGGCUGUCUUUCGAUGAAGCACUGGAUCUCGUGGGUGCAAACUUCUUCAAUAUCCUUGGUUUGGAGGUAAGCAAGUCAGAUCCUCACGAUUGGGUCGUUUGGGAAGGAAGCCCGUUGGAGAUUGGAGGAAGGGUAAAGGCUAUUGGUGGUGUCGGCUCGACGACCAUAUGGAAGUGAUGCUGCAAUUGAUUGACACAAGGAUAAACCCCAUCACGCAGAAGAUGAUUGCAAAUUUGAUGGAAAUUUGAUGAUUUC